AUGGCUCCCGCUGUCGGUAUCGAUUUGGGUACCACCUACUCCUGUGUGGGUGUGUUCCGUGAUGACCGCAUCGAGAUCAUCGCCAAUGACCAGGGUAACCGCACCACCCCCCUCCGUCUCAUCGGUGAUGCCGCCAAGAACCAGGUCGCCAUGAACCCUCACAACACCGUCUUCGACGCCAAGCGUCUGAUCGGUCGUCGUUUUGAGGACGCUGAGGUCCAGGCCGAUAUGAAGCACUGGCCCUUCAAGGUCGUUGACAAGGCCACCAAGCCCAUCAUCGAGGUUGAGUUCAAGGGUGAGGCCAAGCAGUUCACCCCCGAGGAGGUCUCUGCCAUGAUCCUCGUCAAGAUGCGUGAGACCGCUGAGGCUUACCUCGGUGGCACCGUCAACAACGCUGUCAUCACUGUCCCCGCCUACUUCAACGACUCUCAGCGUCAGGCUACCAAGGAUGCUGGUCUCAUUGCCGGUCUCAACGUCCUCCGUAUCAUCAACGAGCCCACCGCUGCCGCUAUUGCCUACGGUCUUGACAAGAAGGUUGAGGGUGAGCGCAAUGUCCUGAUCUUCGAUCUGGGUGGUGGUACCUUCGAUGUGUCUCUCCUUACCAUCGAGGAGGGUAUCUUCGAGGUCAAGUCCACUGCUGGUGACACUCACUUGGGUGGUGAGGACUUCGAUAACCGUCUCGUCAACCACUUCGUCAACGAGUUCAAGCGCAAGCACAAGAAGGACCUGACCUCCAACGCCCGUGCUCUCCGCCGUCUCCGCACCGCUUGCGAGCGUGCCAAGCGCACCCUCUCUUCUGCUGCCCAGACCUCCAUCGAGAUCGACUCCCUGUUCGAGGGUAUUGACUUCUACACCUCCAUCACCCGUGCCCGUUUCGAGGAGCUCUGCCAGGACCUCUUCCGCUCCACUAUGGAGCCCGUUGAGCGUGUCCUCCGUGACGCCAAGAUCGACAAGGCCUCCGUCCACGAGAUCGUCCUCGUCGGUGGUUCCACCCGUAUUCCCAAGAUUCAGAAGCUCGUCUCCGACUUCUUUAACAAGGACGCUAACAAGUCCAUCAACCCCGAUGAGGCCGUUGCCUACGGUGCCGCCGUCCAGGCCGCUAUCCUGUCCGGUGACACUUCCUCCAAGUCCACCAACGAGAUCCUCCUGCUCGACGUUGCUCCUCUGUCCCUCGGUAUCGAGACUGCUGGUGGUGUCAUGACCCCUCUCAUCAAGCGCAACACCACCAUUCCCACCAAGAAGUCCGAGACCUUCUCCACCUACUCCGACAACCAGCCCGGUGUCCUGAUCCAGGUCUUCGAGGGUGAGCGUGCCCGCACCAAGGACAACAACCUGCUCGGCAAGUUCGAGCUCACUGGCAUUCCCCCCGCCCCCCGUGGUGUUCCCCAGAUUGAGGUCAUCUUCGAUCUUGAUGCCAACGGUAUCAUGAACGUCUCCGCUGUCGAGAAGGGCACCGGUAAGACCAACAAGAUCACCAUCACCAACGACAAGGGCCGUCUGUCCAAGGAGGAGAUCGAGCGCAUGCUCGCUGAGGCCGAGAAGUACAAGGCCGAGGAUGAGGCUGAGGCUGGCCGUAUCCAGGCCAAGAACGGUCUCGAGUCCUACGCCUACUCCCUCAAGAACACUCUGUCCGAGGGCAAGCUCCAGAUCUCCGAGGAGGACAAGAAGAAGGUUGAUGACAAGAUCAACGAGGUCAUCUCUUGGCUCGACAACAACCAGACUGCCGAGAAGGACGAGUACGAGUCCCAGCAGAAGGAGCUUGAGGGUGUUGCCAACCCCAUCAUCUCCGCUGCCUACGGCGGUGCUGCCCCCGGUGGCGCCCCCGGCGCUGCUCCCCGCUCCGCCGAUGAUGUUGAGGAGAAGCCCGAGGAGCUUGACUAA